AUGGAAAAUAUAGACGUCGAAUUACUAAUUAGUUUGGUGCGAUUAAAACCCUAUUUAUUUAAUAAAGGGGACAAAAGAUAUAAGGACCUUGUCCUGAAGGAGAACGCGUGGAAGGAAAUAGCGGAUACGCUUAAUUCUACUGUUCCUCAAAUCGUGAAAUUGUGGAAGUCGUUGAAGGAUCGAUUUGGACGCGAAAGAAAAAAGAUCAAAAUUAUCCCUAGCGGCAGUGCAGCUGGGGAGCGUACAAAUUGGGCUUGGUACGAUGACUUGUCGUUCUUGAACGAGUUCAUCACUGAAAGACGAAGGAGCUCUAAUAUGAACAAAUGUUCAGGCUUAGAAACUAAGUUGUCCACACAAGAUAUGCUAAACAGCCAAGCAUCAGUUUCAUCAAUGGAUGGUGGCAGUGACGUCGAAUCGCACAGUAACGGCAUAUUAUUGGUUGAAUCUCAGCCUCAAUAUAAUAUGCAGGCUGCAGAUGAUUCGCGAGAAAUACCAUUUGCAACAACCCCAUCUUCUGUACCAACACAGCCGGUGAGGGGUAUUAUGAAGAAAAGUAAAAACAUAUCACAGGCACGCGAGCGUGCGGAUAUACCUGCUGACCUCCUUCCUGAUGAAGUGAUACGCCCUUCCACGUCUACCAAGCGGCUGGUGGAGACGCCGUCAACCAAGCGCCUCGAAAACACUCCGAAGAAUCUUCUAAAAAUGUCGAAUGCAGUUGAUACGUGCAUUCUGGACACACUGCAAACUCUUAACAACAGAAAAGUCUGUGAAGAGUCCGCUUUUGGAGAGUUGGUGGCUACUGAACUGUCCCGAAUUAAGAAUACCUCCAAGAGGAGGGAAUUAAAACGAAAAAUUGUAGAGCUAAUUUAUUCAGAGGACAAUUAUUAA